AUGGCAGCCAACGGCUCCGGUGGGAUGCACGAUGCUCUCCUGGACAGCAGCCUUGUCAGCGAUGACGACCUCCUUUCCAACUGGUACAUCUACGAAACCAUGGAGCCGGCCGUGCCACAGGAUGACAUGUUUCCUGCUGUAAUCCCAGACUGUGAGCCCACUGUUUCUCCCAGAAUGUAUCACAUCUGCAUGGCACCCAUCUCUCUGGCCGUGCUCCUGGGCUUGUCCUUGCUGGUGAAGCGCAGGCGUCUCCACCAGAGCUGCUGGAACGGUGUCCCAGGACUGCUCAGCCCAGCCAACUUUCUGGAAGAGGAAGGCAACCAAGGGCUGGUGGCUGCGGUGUUCGGCAUCCUCUUCUCCUCCCUGUGCGUGCUGGUCUUGGACAGGGACCCUCUGCCAUUCAUCUCCCACUCCUCCCAGAGCACCCGGGAGUACUGGAAGAUCAUGGCUUUGCUCUACUACCCAGCCUUCUACUACCCCCUGAUCGCCUGUGCCACCGUCCGGCACAGGCUCAGCUACCUGGUGGGCUGCCUGCUGUCCUGGUGCCACUGCGUGGUCCACAUCUGGCAGAAGGUGGAUUGUCCUCAGUCACCAAAGAUAUACAGGUACUACUCCACACUCUCGUACAUCCCCAUCAUCCUCUGCCUUGUCCUCUUAAGCCUUUGGUAUCCAGCCCUGCUCGUCAGGAGCUUCACCGUCCAGGAGGAGACCUUGGAUAAGGAGGUUACAGGGAGAGGGUAUUACAAGAAGUACCUAAAGGCUGUCCUGUCCAAACGCCCUCGGAAGGGAAGCUCCGCGAAGAUAGAAGAGAGCCUCCUCUCAAGGAUCCAGACGUAUUUAUGCUCCUACAUCUACACUCCUGAGGAAGGUUUCCGGAUCCCCCUGAAGCUUGUUGUGUCCAUAACCAUGACUGUGAUCGCCGUCUACCAGGUCGCCCUGCUGCUCCUGGUAGCCUUCGUUCCCACCAUCCAGAUCGUGCGGGCGGGAAUGACGAAGGACAUCGUGGUGUUGUUGGUCCAGUUUGGCUUGGUGCCCUCAGACAACCCAGCUGUCCCCGGUGACAUGGAGAAGGAGCUCAACAUUGUCAAGCACUACCUGUGGUCGCUGGAAGUGUGCUACAUCUGCUCGCUGGUGCUGUGCUGCCUCCUGACCUGUGCCAUGCUCCUGAGGACGCUGGUGAUGCACAGGAAUAACCUGAAGGCACUUUACCAAGGGGCCGUGCUGGACGUGUUCUACAAAGCCCAUAUCCUCCGCCCAUCCCGACAAGCCAUUGUCUGCUGGAUGAGCUUUGCCGGCUUCCAGACAGCUUUUGCCUGCUUGGGUCUCCUCAUCCAGCAAGUGAUCUUCUUCUUCUGCUCAGUGGUGUUUGCCUUCCUCGUUGUCAUCCCGCUCCAGUACAGCACGAGCAGCCCCUUCUUCACCGUCGUUCAGAACAUGUGGCCCUUCUGGUUGACCCUGGUGGUUGCCGUCAUUGUGCAACAUUUGGCAGCUCACUACCAGUUCCUGGAGCAGCAUCCCCUCCAGAAGGAGCUCACCAACAGGCGAGCCCUCUACAUAGUCACCUACCUGCUCUUCCCCAUCAACGUCCUGGUGGGUGUCCUGGCUGGGGUGUGGAGGAUGGUCAUUUCUGGCCUUUACAAUGCCAUCCACUUCUGCCAGCUGGACAUCAGCCUGCUGAACCGGGGCGUGGAGACCUUCGACCCAGGCUACCACACUUACUGCCACUAUCUGAAAAUCGAGGUCAGCCAGUCCCACCCAGUGAUGAAAGCUUUCUGCUUGCUGCUUCUCCAGCCAGCCCGGCCAGAGCGGCCGGCGGCACCUCAGCCCAGCCACGUGGAAGAGGGUAAUGUUGGUGGUGGGAAGGAUGCACCUGGCUGGCCAAGGGCCCAGCUGCUGGUCAUGGGUGUUAUCCUUGGAUCCCCUCUCUGGACACAGCUGGAUGCUGCAGGUGGAGGUGGGCUCCUGGUGGGCUCUGGGGACAGAUGA